GUUGACCACAAGUUUUGAAACUAACCCUAAUUUUAGAACUUAAGACACAAAGUUAACAGCUUUUUUUUUUUUUUUCCUUUCAUUAUUUUUAAAGAGGGGGAAGGUUUUGGAGGCGUGAGCGGUGGGUAGCCAUAGGGAGAGGGCACUGCACGGGAAGCUUGGGUUUGGAGUCUGUGGGAUGUAGCCAGGAAGACUGAACAACGUGGGGGCAAAGGCGAGUCAUGCCCUUCUGCUUGGGUCAUUUCAUUUAUUUACAGGCCAGUCCAGGAUCAAAGAAGUGGAUUUCUUCUCAACCGAUAUUUCCACUGACAAAUCCUCCCGUGAUCAAGAAAUGAAGGAUGGAUCAUCGCCAUCAGCUCUUGUUGAUUCUGGGAUAAAUACUGGACUGAAUCUCCUGAUUUCGAGCUCUGGAAUUUCGGAAACUGAAAAUGGAAAUAAAUCCAAUAAUGAAAUGACGAGACUACAAGCGGAGUUGACGAGACUUCAUGACGAGAAUAAGAAGUUGAAGAGCAUGUUAGAUCAGAUUACCAGAAGUUACAAGGAACUGCAAGCUCAGCUACUUAUGGCAAUGCGAAAACAGGCACAUGGGAAUCGGCGAGAGCAGAAAGGAGAGAUGAAUGGGAUUUCAGGUCCUAUAAUGUCAGCCCAACAGUUUAUGGACCCACGCCCAUCUGCCACUUUGAAUGUAAACGAUCCUUCAGUAUCUGAUGACAAGGCAGAAACUGCGUCGGUUUCUCCAACAAAUACUACUACUGAAGCUAUGUCUCAAAUAAAUCCAGGCAAACAAGCUUCCACCACAGAGGAUGCUCUUGAUCAGACUUCGCAAAGUUGGGGAUCUCCAAAGAGUCCAAGAUUGGAACAACCAAAAGGUGAAGAACAAGUCAAUGAUCAUGUCCCUUUCAGGAAAGCUAGAGUUUCUGUUAGAGCGAGAUCAGAGGCUCCUUUGAUCACGGAUGGUUGCCAAUGGAGGAAAUAUGGUCAAAAGAUGGCUAAGGGCAAUCCUUGUCCACGUGCAUACUAUCGUUGCACCAUGGCUGUUGGAUGCCCAGUCCGCAAGCAGGUUCAAAGAUGUGCAGAGGAUAAGACCAUUUUAACUACAACGUAUGAAGGAAAUCAUAACCAUCCACUUCCACCGGCAGCUGCAGCCAUGGCUAACACUACCUCAGCUGCUGCAGCUAUGCUUCUUUCAGGUUCAACUAUGUCCAAAGAAGGGUUGUCAUCGAGUAAUAGCUUUUUCCCUUCUUUACCCUAUGCAUCUACAAUGGCUACUCUUUCUGCUUCUGCCCCAUUCCCUACUAUAACUCUCGACUUGACUCAGAGUCCAAACCCUACACCUUUCCUUCGCACUCCUCCAACAACCACAUUUCCUCUUCCUUUGCAUGGCUAUCCACAGCUUCUAGGUCACCCUAUGUAUGUUUCAAAUAAUAAGCUACCAGCAGCCGCAAUUCCACCGGUACAAUUAGGGCAACGGCAUGCCUCUAUGGUUGAGACGGUUACUGCAGCCAUUGCUUCUGACCCAAAUUUCACAGCAGCUUUGGCUGCAGCCAUUUCCACAAUUAUCGGCAACCAAAGGAGCAAUGACGGAACCGACAGCAACAACAAUGGUCCAAACGGGAUAACCGGAACGCCUGGGUCUCCACAACUUCCUCAUUCUUGCACCACUUUCUCCACCAAUUAGGGCGGCUGGCUUUUUGAGCUCUUCUAUAGCUUUUGGGUCGAAGAUUUUGAAAUUAAAAUCUUUCUUUAAAAUGUUGUUGAUAUAGGUGCAACGGUGGGGCGAAGAGAUAAAUUUUGGCAUAAUCACACUAUAAAUAAAUUUAAAAAAAUAAUUAGGAUGUAUCUUUAGAUGAUACAAAAAUAUUAAUUUUGUACUGUAUAAUAUUGUUAAUGCAGGUAAAUUUUACACUGUGUUAUUACUUGAUUAAGUAUGUGAAGCUUUUGAAAGCGUAGAGUGGAGUGUAAGAAUUCAUGAACUGAUCCAUGUACAAAGACUAGAAUGGAAUGUUUUUGUUAAAGAAAUAUUUUUAUACGUAUAAAUAUUGUAAAAUAUGUACAGAAACAA